AAUUGGAGCGGAUGGCGCAGGUCUACAGCCAGCCACCCCCGGAGAUCAAAGUCUCAGGUGCGGAGAGUAAUGGUGGAACUCGCUAUGGCUCAGUAUCCUCGACCCUUGGCAGCCUCGGUGCUGGCACUGAAUAUAACCCCCUCAACGACUCCUCCAACUCUAAUCCAGCAAGGGGUGUCUUUGCCCACACGAUCACAGCUGACAGAAUACGCAGAAGGCUCAAAUUCUUCUUCAUGAACCCCAUGGAGAAGUGGCAUGCACGGCGUAGGUUUCCCUGGAAGUUGUUGCUGCAAGUGUUCAAGAUUGUGGUAGUGACAGCACAGUUGUGCCUGUUUGCCCAGCAGCGGUACAACCAUGUCAACUAUUUGUGGGACACCAAGAUCUCCUUCUCACAUCUGUUCAUCAAAGGGUGGGACACAACGCGUGAGAUACAGGUGUAUCCCCCUGCUGACGGCCCCCUAGCAGUCUAUAAGAAGGCGUCAUUCUUUGAAUAUUUGGAUUAUGCAGUUACGACGUAUGCUCACAUCAGAGAGACAGCUAUUGGCACCUACACCUAUGAACACAAAAAUGGAACUGUUGUCCCUCCAGUUCUGUGUGUGUCGCACUACAAGAAAGGUGAAGCCUUUAUUGACAACAACACAUAUAUUCUGGAUAAUGAUGUCACCCAGUCAUGCAUAGAGAUCCCACCCUCAGAGGCCAAUGCGACUGACUGGUCCACAAAGGAGUUCAUGGAGAAGAACAACUUCACCUUCAACUUCGACCUGCUCCUCAACACAGACUUCACUUUCCAGCUGCGUACCAUCAAGCUCCGUGUCAAUCUGCCCUUUGACACCCCAGAAUGCUAUAGGCUAACUGGCAAGGUCGUGUUCAACAACCACGAUCACGACGGACAGAUCCUGGUGGAGCUGGAUGUGGGUGCGAAGGUCCUGGAAUGCACUGGAUCUGUUAAUCUGGUUUCAGAGUCGAGAACACUGAAGGUUUGGCGAGCAGUGAUCAAUGUGGCUAGCAUUGUCAUCUGUAUCACAUCCCUUUGCAUGUGCAUUAGGGCUAUCUAUAGAGCACAGAUCCUGAAAAAGGCUACUGUGGUGUUCUUCCAACGGUACUUUGGGAAAGAGCUGACCUUAGAGGAGCGAAUGGAAUUCGUAAACUUCUGGUACAUCCUCAUAUGUAUCAACGACAUCCUUAUCAUCAUGGGCUCUUUCCUCAAAAUAGGGCUUGAGAGCAAGGCAUUGCGUCUAGGUCGCAUGGAGUUUGUAAAGAGCAGCAUGAUGGUGAGUUACGAAGGCUUCCUGGACACGUGGAACAUCUGCUCCCUCUUCCUUGGGCUCGGUAACCUGCUGGUCUGGUUCGGCUGCCUGCGCUACCUGGGCUUUUUUGAGACUUAUAAUGUGCUGAUUCUGACCCUCAAGAAGUGCUUCCCGAAUGUGCUGCGAUACUCCAUAUGCAUCCUGAUGGUAUUUGCUGGCUACUGCCUCUGUGGCUGGCUUGUGCUUGGACCUUACCAUCUCAAGUUCCGCUCGUUCUCUUCGACAAUGGAGUGUCUCUACUCGCUCAUCAACGGGGAUGACAUGUUUGCGACUUUCUCAUCGACAUCGGGCAAGGACCCUGUUGUUUGGUGGUUCUCACGCAUCUACUUGUACUCUUUCAUCUCCCUCUUCAUCUAUGUGAUUCUCUCCCUUUUCAUUGCAAUCAUUAUGGAUGCUUAUGAAACAAUUAAGAAAUACUAUGACGACGGCUUUCCUGAGUCGGAUCUGAUGGUGUUUGUGAAUGAGUGCACAGAAGAGCCCUCCAGUGGUGUCUUCCAUGACGAUGGUGACCGUACUAUCCAUGAUGUCAUCAACUCGUUCUGUUGCUGUGGACAUGAAAGAAGAGGUGACAGCCAGGAGUAUGAGCCCCUAAUCACGUAGACAAAGGUGUUUGCAACUAAAUGCUAGCUGUGCGUGUUGCUUACAGUACCAAGCCAUAUUCCCUACAAUCUUUGUUGUGAUUUACACCAAAAGAGAUUUCAGGAGUCAUGCAUUUUUCCUCAUCCUCCCUUUCCCCUUUCUUUCUCCUCUCUUGCCUGUAUGCCUUCUCUUUCCCAUUGUGUUCUCCAUUUUCUCCACACCCAUUUCUAUCCCCACCUACCCCCCUUCCUCUCCUGUGCCCUUUUAACUCUGGUUCCAUUCUUAUUCAUAUUCAUGAUAUGAUUAUGAUAUAAUAUACUACUACUACUGUUACUACUACUGCUACUACUACUGCCACCAUUACUUGAUCAUUUUUGUAUUUGUACUGUGAUGACACAUCUGGUGGGAUGCGCUGACCUCCUGUUGUAAAUACUUGCAAUUGCUCCACUGAAAUACCAUAUUUACGUUAUUAUUUUUAUAUCACUUUUCUGCCUUAUUUCUUAGCUCCAUUACUGAUGGUUAAUAUACUCACUGUAUCCAGUAUGAAAUAUGUUUACCUCUCCCUCUCCCCCAUCCCCCCCCCCAAAAAAAAAAAAUGGAAUGAAUAUGCUCAUUCCAAUUGUCUCCUCUCACAUCCUUAUAAAACAACUGUGUUAUUACUUGUACAUAGAUAUUAGCUAACUGCCAAUCAUGACACAAGUCAGUAGUUAUGGAAUAUGUAAUUCUAUUUAUUUCUAAUUGUUAUUUUUUUAAGUGUCGUUUGUAGGCACUGAAUCUCGAUUGGCAACCAUUAUUAUAAUCCUCAUUGGCAGCAUUGAGUUCCUUUCAUUUUAUUUAAAGAUGAUUACUAAUUAGUAUAUAUAUUUUCUUGUUUGUUUCUUUUUGUUUAUUCUGUUUUCUGUGAUUUUUUACAGAAAGUAUUAGCUAAUAUGUUUCCUCCUUUUCUUGUAAGGAAUUAUUAGACAGGCCCAUGUCUUCUUUUUCUCUGUUUUUGUUUCUUUUUAAGGGUUGAAUUUAAUUCUCUGAUUUAUAGAAUUUAAUUUCAUGAUUUGACAAUUGUGCUUCACAUGAAAGAAUGAAAAAGAGGAAAAACAGAAGUUUUGAAAUGGCUUCAAAGUUCUGCACUUUGCACUAAUAAGAACUCUAGUCUCUGGAAUAGAGUGGAAAAGACAACCAACUUUAAUACAUAGUCUCUUGACAAGUACAUACUGCAGUUAUUAAUAUGCCAUUACAUUUACCAGUCACUGAGCAUUUUUAAAAAGUUUAUGAUGUUUGAAAUAGUAUUUUGUACUUUUUUACUUGCACAGUUUUGAGUGCUUUGCAGUAAGAGGUAAUCAAUCUUGCAAAAGAUUAUCAAAUUAGAAGAUAGUCAUUAAGUCUUUCCACAAUUAGGGCUUUCUAUCCAUAUACGGCUGUCAUGCCAAAGACCAUGUGACAAACAGCUUCUCGAUGCUGUGUAUCUGUAGCUCAAGUUUUGAAUUUUAUCUCAUUGGGUUAUGCAUAUGUAUUAAGCCAGCUUUGGGGCAUUUCAUUUCUCUUUCUGUAAUCAUGUAGGGCUUUCAGUAUAUAGUAGUAUUUUCCUUAAAGUGCAUCAGGAAUCUGUCAUUUGGCAAAUGUGAAGCUUUUGCAUCAUUAGUAACUGAAUACGUAAACUAUUUUUCCCAUUCUAUUACUAUACCAUCCAUUGGUGUAUUUUAUCCCUUGUGAUUUUCCAGUAAUUGCUAUAUGCAUAUUGUGAUAUAUUAGUCACAAAGUGGAACUACUGCAUGUGGCUGACAUUUUAUACAUCUUAUAGAAGUUUGUUUUUAAGAUUUGGAAAAUGGAAAUGGAAAUAAAUAUGGUAAGAAAGAAAGAUUACAAGUUAGUCUAUAAUUUAGGAAGUGUUAGUAACAGGGGAUAAUGCUCAGGUCUUGUUAUUUUUAUGAUUUUAUUCAUUAAUAUUACACUUUUCUUCUGUGUGUUAAUGUUUAGUAUGAGUCACCCACUUAUUUUUAUCUCAAUUUUAUAUAUGUGUAUCAUUUGUAUAUUUCAUGCCAUUGAAUGAUAUGUUUGUAAAUAUUUGCUUGAAUUAGGACACUACUGAAAGGGAUAUAUAGAGAUAAUGCAUAAAUGCAUACUGAAGUGUACAUGUACCAGAUAUUGAACUAAAAGUGUUCUUUGUUCACUGUAUUUUUCUUUUCAUUAUUUUGUUCUAUUCAUUGUAAAUUUGACAGGAUCUAUUUUGUAAUGAUAUGACAACUCAAAUGCAAAUAAAUAAAAAAGGUUAAGUAACAUAUUUGAUUUCCUCAAGAGUAUAUAGUAAAGUAAUUUUGUGAUGUCCAGAAAUUAUAGUAUAACCUAAUAUAUAAUGGAACAAUUUUCUUCAUCUCAUUGCUAUCAGUCACAAACAAAUCACAAAUUACUAGACAGCAGAUGUACGGACAGAAAAGGGCAAUUAACACAGAACAAUGGAUAAAUAGCACAGGAGACUUAUUAUAAUGGAAAUAUUUUUAUAUGAUAUGAUAUCCAUGUUUGUAAACAAUGAACCAAUGCAGAAGACGGGUAUAGUUUAACCUGUUGUCACUAGGAACAUGUAGUGCUCACUGUAGUUUUGUUUUGUGAAAUAUGUUUACACUUAGAUGAUUCUACAAGUGCUUAGCCAACAAAAAGUCAAUCAGUAGGCCUAAUUUUCCCUUUUGUUGACUUUUCUGAUUUUUUUUUUUAUAAUGCUAUUGAUAUGGAUGCAUUAUUUUAUUGACAUUAUUAUUAUAUAAUGACUAACAAUACUGAUCGCCUCAAAAAAUAGAAAGAAAAAAAUCCAAAAGUCAAGGAAAGGAUAAACAGGACUAGUAGCUGAAUCAUUGGGGACUAAGUAUUUGUGGAGCCACAUAUGUAUAAAGACAAUAAUACAGUAGGCAUAUAUACAACAUGCCAUUCCUGGUGGCAGUGGGUUGAUAAUUGUAUUGUUGAAUAUAUGAUAGGCACUUCUUUAUGUGAAAAAGAAUGUUAUUUUUUAGGUAAAGAAAAUCUUUAUAAUCUUCGAGAAAAACAGAAAAUUUGACUUUCGGAAAGGAGGAAGCUUGAAUGACAUGUUACGGAAAAGCCUUGCAAGCUAAGGGAAAUAUUAUUGAACACUAAUUACAGAUAUUUUUUACACUAAAGUUUGUAACUUUAAUAAUAUUCUUUCAAUAUUGUUACGGAUAUCAUGGUUUUUAUUUAUUCAUUUAUUUUAGAUCUUUUUCAGAAGAAAAAUUUCCUGAGACUAAAAUAGUAAUUAAUUUUUUAAUGAAGUGUAAAUAUUAAUUAUUUACAGAUUUUCAAUACAGAUUCAUUCAGCUGUGACUUUUCCAUGCAGUCGUUGGGCUCAUAGUUACUUAUAUUAAUCCUUUUUAAAUAAUGUAAGUAUAGGUGCUUUUGGAAAUAUGUUCAGAUUAUUUUAUAUAAUCUAAACAGAUUUUUGCUUUGUUUUAUCUUCAGUAAUACUAUUAUUCUUUAGGUGAACUGUUAUUUUACUUACUUGUUUUAGACCAUACUUAUAUCUUAGAUAUUACAAUGACUUAGAAAAUAUUCAUGAUGUCUUUGUCACAAAUUCAUUCACGUCCUCAUCAUUAUCAUGAUAACAGAUAAAGUCAUAGCAGUGGAUAAGUAAGAGAGAUUAUAGCUUACACUAAAGCAGUCAUAAUAACUUAUGCUUGCCUUGUUGUACAUUCACUUGUAAAUAUUCCUGUAAAAUACAUUCCUGUAAUUACUGAAUGUCAAAGUGAGUAUUUUGAGGAUGGCUGUCUAUAUAAUGAUUUAAAAUAAUAUCAGAUAUCUGUAAGUUUGUAAGUCGGAAAGAUUUAUAGAGUAUAGAGUAUACUUAAUGUGAUUAUAAUGUAUUUUAGUUUAUUUCUUUUAUUUUUUUAUUUUUCAGAAGAACAUGUAUGUUUCCUGUAAUGCUUUAUUUCUAUUUAUCUGGAAAUGUUACUUGUGAUUAUUUAUUCUUGCCAUCUUAUAUGUUUUCAUUUUUCUAUUUUGUCCUUUUCCCUUCUUUGCAAUUUUCUUGAGAUGCCUCUCAUAAAAUGUCUGACAUUUUGUAAAAAACAACAAAAAAAAAUCAUUUUUUUCUUAAAAUGAAUUUCAUUUCCUUUAGCUGAUUUUUUAAAAUACAUUUUGUAAUUGAUAAAAAAAGGACAUAUGUCUUUUAUAUGCAUUUCUUUCAAAAGCAGAAUUUUAUAUUUCAGAUUUAAUUUAGUUUUUUCUUUUACUUACAUUAUUAUUUGCUACUGCUCCUCUCCUCAUAUUUAAUUGUUCAUUAUUUAAAGUUUUUUAUUAUGCUGUGAAGCAAUUGAAGAAAACACUGGUAUAAGUUAUGGAAUGAAGAGGAAGAAACUUUGUAUAAGAGAAGAAAUAGUAUUAUAUAUAAUUACAUAUACCAAUGCAUGUCUGGAAAUACAUUGUAGAGUGAAUUACUCAUUUGUAAAUAAAAUGAAGAAAUAAAUCCUGUUUGAUUUUU